CUACCGGAUUUUGGUCGACGCUUACUGUGCGAAAUUAGUCACUGACUCUAUGUAUUUGAAUUUUUUUUUUAGUGUUAUCAAUUUCAAUGUUGUAAACUCCUAUCCAACCCCAGGAGAAUGAUCAUUCCCCGUAAACGAUAUUGAGUUGAUCUAUUUUUGCAGUAGGAGACAACAUUCUAACCUGCAAUACGACGAGAAUAAGAUACGGCUUUUUUCUUCGGCUCAGUGACAACACAUAAAUCGACAUAAUUCGACGGACUCGCUAUUUGUGUGGUACUACAAGAUGAAGUCUUCGUCGAAGCGAUCAUCCGCGACUACUGCCCCGACCUCAGAUCAGGGAAGCAGUGAGCCGCCAGUGAAAAAGGUUAAGAAGGGGAUGAAAAUGAAAAAGGUAUCUCGUAGUAGUGGAGUAGAGAGAGACACAUCAGGGAAUGAAUCAGCUACAACAGCACCAAAGUCGGCAUGCAAAGAGUGGAGCUCACCACCGGCGGUUGUUGUUGAAGAUACACCAGCAGUAAUCCUCCAAGAACAGGAAGCGAGGACCAAGACUAAAGCGUCAAAAGAAGGCAAGAAGAACAAAGUGCUGAAAAAAGCAGGAAAAAGUAAGAAGCUAUCCGCAGAAGAAGAGCAAGAGUCGCUUGUAGCCAAACUAAAGAAGAAGGCCCUGAACGCUGGUGCUUCGUCAGACGAUGAAGAAGCUCCAGCUCCAACAACACCGGCAGAAGAUGAAGUCGCUAGUGCAGCUGCCUCAUCAGCAGGAGCUCCUGCUACCACCAGCACCACUUCUCCGGCAAGCUGUGCAGCUACGGUGUAUCUUUCUGGUCUGCCGUAUGAGUGGACCAAAGAGGACAUUGCAACACUCGUCAAAGACAAGGUCGGCUUGACGAAGAAUGAGGACAUGCCGAAGGAUAUUCGCGCACCUACCUGGCAUGACACAGGCCGUUUGCGUGGUUAUGCACAUGUCGACUUCGCAUCCGAAGCGUUAGCCCAGACGGCUGUGAAGCAGUUGCACAGGCAAAAACUGCCCUCUGGUCGUUGGAUUGGUGCAGAAAUCGCGAAAGCCGAGAAAAUGACUGGUGCAGGCUCCACUGCUGCAGGAUCUAGUUCGGCGCUCACCCUCGCUGACCUGAUCAAGAAAGUGCGGAAAGUGCGCUGCGCACGACUGUUUGUGGGAAACUUGCCUUACACAGUGACGGAGACGGAGAUUGCGGACCUCUUUGGCGGUUCCAAGAUGGUCACAGCAGUUCGAAUAGCGCACGAAAUGCAGAGGUGUAAGGGCUUUUGCUAUGUGGAAUUCGGAACCUGCGAUAAGGCAGUAGCUGCGUUGGAGGCAGUACAGGCGAAGGAGCCGGGACGGCUCUGGCUGCUAGGAGGACGACGGCUUAACAUCGAUGCCGACACAGGGAGCGGACCCAAAGCUGGCUACCACUACAGAAAAGAAGCGUGGUCAACCGGCUUUGCCGUUAAGAAGAAUAAUGCGCCGUGGUAGGGAACUCAUCUCUCUCUGUCAAAUACUUACUUAAGAGCACAGACCAAGUCCAAGUGCAAGUCCAAGACCCAGUCAAAGACGUCGUGAUAAAAGAAGCGAGGCCGUUGUCACCAGACGAGGCAAGAAGAUAUAGAUGACCUUUUACGAUGUCGAUGAUUUCACGCAUAAGACUACAAGGUUAAGGACGCACAUUCGCGUCAAAAUCUAUUGCAAAAUCAUUCCCGUGAAAUGAAGUCGUUUAACACGAGCUCACCAGCGCACCCUUUACGUCUCCUUCACUCAAAUCGUGACAGCGAGUCGGAUAUUAUUGCCAUGAUUCGCGUGCUUCUGCAUAUCCAUGUGCAAAGAAUUCUUGGCUCCUUCGCCUCCACCCAAAUUGAUGCUUCGGUGACGAGAUGAGAGAUAUAAUUAUAAGUACGCAAAAAGGAGUAUCCAGAUCCACGGCGGCAUAUGGUCCUAACUCAAAAAAAAAAAUAAACUAUGGUGGUCGCGAAUGAACAUAACAGGGACACACACAUGACAUCCACUUCUAAC